AUGACGCGGCCCGAGAUCAAAAAGCCUACCAUGCCGGUUGUGACCGCCGUAGCGCAGGUGGCCUCUGCGACUUCCACCACCAUCGUCGUUGAAUCAGUCGAGGAUAUCACGGGUACCUCCGAUCAUGCAGAAGCUACGUCCUCUGACGAGACGGCGAUCAAGAGCGAUGACGAAAACCGCGACGCGGUCGACAAACAAGAGCUGUCUUCGGUCGUAUCGUACCACCAGGAUGCUGAGCUAUACCUCGAGGUCCGCGACUCGACGGGUACUCCCAUUCAAUGCAAGGUCGUAUCUGCCCUCAUUGUCGCCGCAUCCCCGAAGCUCAGCGAUCUUCUUGACCGGUUCAAACCGAACAAGACGACCGACGGCAAGUUGGUCGUCCAACUCACUGAUCCGACUGACAACUUUUACGGCCUCGAUGUUCUCCUCUCGAUCAUCCAUUACAAGUUCCACGAGAUUCCGGAACGCCCCGAUGUCGACCAGCUCUAUUGCAUCGCCCGAGUCGUGGAGAAAUAUGAUUGUGCUCAUCUCCUGGUUCCUUACAUGGAGAAAUGGGUGGCUGGUCUCGACUGGCACCUCGUUAUGAAGAGUGAGGUUAACGACGACGACAAGGCGCUUUUUCUCACCUGGGUGAUUGGCGAAGGCCGCUGGUUUUCCCGCAUGUUGUCCAAAACCGCACGCAAGGCCACUCUUGCCGACGAUGGAAGCCUGCUUGACGCUUCUGGUCAACCUUGGGACGAUCAUGGCCUCCCCACGGACAUUCUUGAGUUGCUCAAGGAGACCCGCAAUGAUUUCCUGGCUACAAUCGUGCGCGCUGUCGACGAUCCUCUUCGGGAACUCAUGCGCGGCGACAAGGAGAGCACGAACUAUUGCCGUGCCAAAGACGCGGAUGCGGAGCUGAAGCAGUCGUGCCAGCAUUUGCAACUCGGCUCACUGAUGACCAGCCUUGCGACCACUAAACUUCUACCAUUCCCUACAACCAAAACAUACAAAGGCAGUGUUGCGGUCUUGGCUGAGAGGGUACGAGCCAUCAAGGUCGCUCGAUUCAAGCUUCCCGGUACCCCUCCUCAUCUUGACAGCCACUGCAACUGCGGUGUCGACUAUGAGGAGAUGAUUGACAGCGCUAUGCGCGAGAAGAUCCAGCUUCCUGCUGACAUCAUCAAUCAACUCAAGUUCCAUGCCCGGAAAUCUGGCGCUUUCCGCCCCGAACUUUUCCAGGACAUCGAGGGUCCGAAUGGCCACGAGACCGGCUUAGAGCCCAUUCUAAAGGAACUGCGUCUGAGCCCCGUUCUUUUCAAGCAGGUUUUCGACCUUCGGUCUCGUCUGGAGUCAAGCAACGAGGACAACGCUGCGAAUACCACGUCCGAGUGCGAGGAGGCCUGA